CUUGGGGUGUGCGCGUUCGUCAUCAGGUUUCGGUGCCAAUAUUUCCCACUGACGAAUGCGAUUUGUAGGAUUCCAUUUGAAUGCAGGACUGGUUAACAGGCGAAAUUUGUAACAGGGGCACAAAAAUACGCAGGAGUAGAUCGACCAUGAUACAUCUGGUGUCCAGAACCAACUGUUUAGAGGUAAGCUUAGGUGGAAGAAGAUGAAGGUGCGCACGACAGUAAUGAAAGUCAGCCUGAAGCUGAAGAUAUCACUACGAAAUAGAAAGAUUAGAGGAUAUUUGACCAGCCAACUUGCCAUUUAUCCACCAGAAAAACACGUGUUUUGGUUCUUCAGUACAAUAUAUGCCAUACUUGUUAUCUUCAGUCAGUGGAUUUGGUGUGCGGUGGUGAGAAGAAAAAUGAAGAGGAGCUUACAAUCAAGAAUACUGUUUGUUUUGGUCGAUCUUACUGCUUUGCUCAUGACAAUAUCUGGAAUGUUCAUAUUAGGACUGACUUAUAUUGACGGUUAUGAAGAAUUCAAAUGGUGUGCAAUAAGCGAGUGGAUUAUGACGUUUGAUGCCUAUGCAAUUCACAUACUCCAAGGUCUAGAAAUAGGCGAAAUCAGCAAGUCUCUUAUUCAUUCGAUGAGUAAAUCCACAUUGAACAAAAAUAAACGUGUUUAAAAUAACCCGUCCACAUUAUUAUCUCAACACACCGAACAGAAUGAAUAAGACGUAUUUAAAACGUAUGGUUGAAAACGCAAUAAUCGAAUUUGUAAAACAUA